GCUUCUGCUCUCCCGUGACACUUUUGAACAAAUAAUAGGGGGACGAGGCGUGCCAUGUCUCCUGUGUUGUUAUUGGGCAGCACAUCUUUCCCAGUAUCUAACUCCCGGACAGCUCAGUCCUGUCAUGUCCACCGGCCUGCUCUGGUCACAUCUGACCGUCCACUGCGCAUCUGACCCGGGACAGAGAUUACCAGAGACAUAGGGAGGAGAACCAGAGGGAGGGAGCCCCAACAAGAAGCAGGAAGUGUGUGAAACUGUGAGGGGAGGGUAAGCAGUCUCAUCUCAACCAUGUCAAACGAACGCACCCCCCUGAUGACCUCGGGGGUCUGCGGUCUGGCGGUGACCGCAUGUGGCGGGAAGUCGGACGUGACCCCUGAAUCCGGCUCUGGCACGCCAACAGUAGACCCGCGGAAACUGAACACAUUUUUCGGGGUGAUGGUGCCGACCAUCCUCUCCAUGUUCAGUAUCGUGCUGUUCCUGAGAACCGGGUUCGUGGUCGGUCACGCGGGGCUGUUGCAGGGUCUAUUAAUGGUGAUUGUGGCGUACACGAUCAUAUCUCUCACAAUACUGUCCAUCUGUGCCAUUUCCACCAACGGCGCUAUACAAGGUGGUGGCGCCUACUAUAUGAUAAGUCGCUCUCUGGGCCCGGAGUUUGGAGGAAGCAUCGGAUUGAUGUUCUUCUUGGCCAAAGUGUGUGCGUGUGGAGAAUACGUUCUUGGUCUUGUGGAGGCGAUACUUGACAUAUUCGGCUCUGAUCCUGACUCGUCGGUGUCUCAGGGGGUGCGGGUGCUUCCUCAGGGUUACUGGUAUGGGGUGCUGUACUCCUCAGUGGUUCUUCUGCUGUGUCUGCUCGUGUGUCUGGUUGGCGCCAAAAUCUACUCCCGCACCUCCUUCGUCAUCCUGAUCUUGGUCACUGUGUCCUUGCUGUCCAUUUUCAUCAGUUCUGUGGCGGUCAAACCUCGUGAUUUCGUCAUCACUCACAAGAGAUCUGGCAACGAGACCCUCCGAUACAACGCCAGCUACACAGGCUUCAGCGUCACGACUCUGAGGAACAACCUGGGCUCUGGUUACUCUUUGGACUACAGCACCAACUCUGUCAUGUCCUUUUCCACCGUGUUUGCCGUCAUGUUCACCUGCUGCACCGGGAUUAUGGCCGGAGCCAACAUGUCAGGAGACCUGAAGACUCCGAGUAUCUCCAUCCCUAAAGGCACCAUCGUGGCCGUCUUCUACACCUUUGCAGUCUACGUCCUCCUCUUCCUUCUGGUGGGCGCCACCUGUGACAGGACCCUGCUGAUCCAGGAUUAUGGGUUCCUCCAGAGGAUUAGCAUCUGGUCUCCGUUAGUCACCGUUGGGAUAUACUGCGCCUCUCUUUCAGCGGCGAUGUGCUCCAUGAUCGGGGCGUCCCGCAUCCUCCACGCUCUCGCUCUGGAUCAGCUCUUUGGUCUGCCUUUAGCUCCAGCUACCAUCACAUCGAGCUCGGGGAAUCCCUGGGUGGCCGUGUUGUACACCUGGGGACUCGCACAGUGUGUAGUGUUUGCAGGUCAGCUCAAUGCUGUAGCGAGCCUGGUGACUGUUUUCUAUCUGCUUGCCUACGCUGCCGUUGACCUGGCCUGCCUGGCUCUUGAGUGGGCAUCUGCACCGAAUUUCAGACCCACCUUCCAGCUGUUCUCGUGGCACACCUGCCUACUGGGCAUCGUGAGCUGCUUGGUGAUGAUGUUCGUCAUUAACCCCAUGUACUCGUCAGGCAGCAUCGUGCUCCUGCUGCUGCUGCUGCUCUUCCUCCACUACAAAUCGCCCACCAGCAGCUGGGGCUACAUCAGCCAGGCGCUCAUCUUCCAUCAGGUGCGUAAGUACCUGCUGAUGCUCGAUGUGAGGAAGGACCACGUGAAGUUCUGGCGGCCGCAGAUAUUGCUGAUGGUGGCCAACCCUCGCUCCUCCUGCCAGCUCAUCCUCUUCAUCAACCAGCUGAAGAAGGGUGGCCUGUAUGUUCUGGGCCACGUGCAGCUGGGAGAUCUGGACUCCUUGCCUUCAGACCCGGUGCAGCAGCAGUAUAACUUCUGGCUGCGUCUGGUUGAUAAACUCGGGGUGAAGGCCUUCGUAGAUCUGACGCUGUCUCUCUCCGUCAGACAGGGGACUCAGCACCUGCUGCGCAUCACCGGCCUCGGUGGCAUGAAACCCAACACCCUGAUUUUGGGUUUCUAUGACAGCUGCACUCCUGAAGACUUCUUCCUCCAAGACUCUGCUUUCUGUGACGCUUCUAUGGAACUAGGGAGUGAGGGCGAAUAUAAUUUCGGGGUAGAUUUGCCGUCGUUACAGGCCCAUUUUCCCCCGGUCCGACAUGUGGAGAGCCCCCGCUGGCUGUCCCCAGAGGAGUAUGUGGGGAUCAUUUCAGACGCCAUUAAAAUGAACAAGAAUGUGUGUGUCGGGCGCUAUUUCUUCCAGUUGGAGGGUGAGGAUAAGGACAGUAAAGUGGAUGGGUCGGAGCGGACGAUCGAUGUGUGGCCGCUCAACCUUCUGCAGCCGGGCAGCCGAGACUACGAGGACGUGUGCAGCCUCUUCCUGCUGCAGAUGGCCUGCGUGCUCAACAUGUCCAACAAGUGGCGCCACGCGAGGAUGAGGAUCUUCCUGAAUGUGGAGACUGAGUCCAGCGACCAGGGCUGGGUGGUGAACGAAGAGACGUUUAGAGAGCUGCUGAGGAAGCUGAGGAUCAGGGCGUCGAUAAAGAUCGUGCCGUGGGACUCUGUGGUUCAGCAUCACCUCCAACCCGAAGAGGAGGAGGCUAAACAAGCUCUGUCCGAGGACUUCCUGUCCGCAGUGAACAGUAUGUUGAUGGAGCACAGCUCGCAGGCCGCUGUUCGCUUCCUGUAUUUACCUCGACCCUCUCCGCAGCGCAGCCAGAAUCGACAGUACCUGGCUCAGGUGGAAGCAGUAACCAAUAGUUUGGGGCCAACGCUUCUGAUUCACGGCGUCACCCCUGUCACAUCCACUGAUCUGUGAGCAUGAGCUCAGUGUUUAUUGAUAUUGUAAGUGCAGCAGAGGCUUAUCUAUGUACGUUUAAACUCUGGCCCUAUUUACACAUAAUGCACUGUUUGUAACCGUUACUAUACGUCCACUUACUGCAGCUUUUUCUGUUGCUACUCAAGCGUACAAAAGGUCAACAGUCAAGUGCAUUUCUUUAUUACGCCCCUUGAGGAGUUGCAUUCAAAUAGUUAAAGUUAAAUAUACUUGAAAUGGAUUGGUGAUCAAGCCAUGAAAUGGAGGAAAUACUUACUUUAUGGGCGUGAUUUAUGUGGAUAUAACCUAUUGUCUGCAUUAUAUUAUCUUAGGCGGAAAUAAAAAAUGUGUCUGACUCUUUGGAAAAAAACUCAAUUUGUUUUGAUGAAUACGGGUUGUCUAGGAUUUCAUAUUUAUAUAUAUAACAUUUCAGGGAGGAAAUUAUGAUAUUGUGAUUACAAGUUGGGGAGACAUAUUUACCUGGUUCAGUUUCUUAAAAGUAUUUUGUUAACGCAUAGUCAUUUGUUUUUUUAAAUCUUCUUUUUUAUGCUUUCUUUUCAUUUCUGACAUUUCUGCUGGUUGCUGGACCAAGUGAUUCCUUUUUUGGUUUUGGUUUUUAGUUUAAUUUAAUAAUGGUAUUAUGUGGAAAUCUCUAGCCGUCAGAAGGGAACUGUUUUGUACAUUUGACCUCAGAAUUAUAAACAGCAUUUCUUGCUGUUGUGUGUGCGUGCGUACUUGAAAAAUAAACUGGGAUUUUGUGCUUCAUGAUGCAAAAAAGGGAUUACACUGAUGGUGAGUCUGUGUUACUCGUUAAGUUUGGGACCAACAAUGAUACCAACCAAAUCUAAACCAAAGCAACGGGUUACAUUUUCACACACAAAAUGCAUUAUCACCCAUUCACAAAUCACAGAAUGAAAAGUUAAACCUUUAUUGUUUUGUUUUGUGCCAUCCGCCCAUUUCAAUGUUGAGACAAAGCAUAAAGAGUCAUGUAAACUGUAACAGUCAUUAUUAGAUGUGCAAAUUACACUGCUGGUUGUCAUUGUGGUAAAUAUAUGCAAAAUGUACUGUGUAUCACUGUCACUGUCAUACUGUAAAAUCCUAUCAGAAAAUAUGUAUUUAAAAGAUUGCUUUAAUGCAAUACAAACUGA